AUGACUGCCGGAAGUAGCUGGACAGUGCUACUACUGCUUCUCGCGGCACCGCUGGCCGUCCAAAUGGUAAAACGAGAGGAAUUCAAGACUUGCGAGCAGAGUGCGUUCUGCAAACAGCACAGAGCUAUAAAAGAGCCAACUGGCUAUGAGCUGCUCGCCGCGUCGAUUCAACACGACGGAGCCGUCUGGACCGCCCAACUUCAGAAUUCGCAGAACACGUUGAAGCUCAACGUUGUGGGAUUGGCGGAUUCCACUGUCCGGAUUCAAAUUGAUGAGCCCGAGACGUCGAUCCGCAAGCGAUACGUCCCGACACCUUCAUUCGUGGCUCUCCCAGAAGAAUUGGCGUUCGAAAGUGUGGAAAACGGCCAACAAGAGGCAAAAAUCGUUGGCGGUAACCAGAAAUUGAAGGUGGUCAUCACCUAUAAGCCGUUCUCGGUCAGCGUAUUCAACGAGUUCGAUGAGUUGGUUGCCCAAAUGAAUAGAGAUGGAAAAUUGAAGAUCGAGGAGUUCCGUGUGAAAGAAGAGGGCAAAGAGUAUCCAGAAGGCUUUUGGGAGGAGAGAUUCAAAUCGUUCACCGAUCACAAGCAACAUGGAUCGAGUAGUGUCGGAGUGGACAUCUCAUUUGUCAACUUCAAAACAGCCUACGGUCUCCCAGAACACGCGGACGCAUUUGCUCUCCGCAACACUGUCGGAAAUACUGAUCCAUAUCGAUUGUAUAAUUUGGAUGUGUUUGAGUAUGAACUCAAUAAUCCGAUGGCUCUCUACGUCUCCAUCCCUUAUAUUCUUGCUCACCGAGCCAAUCGAUCCGUCGGAGCUCUUUGGUUUAACGCUGCGGAGACUUGGGUUGACACUGAAUCGUCUGUCACUUCUAAGGGAUUAUUCGGAAAAAUGCUCGAUAAAGUGACCGGAGCUAGCGAUAAUGUGCCACAUUUUGAUGCUCAUUUCAUGUCCGAAUCCGGAAUGGUCGAUAUAUUUUUCUUUGUUGGACCAACUGUGAAGGAUGUCCAACGUCAAAACGCAAAGCUCACCGGAACGACUCCACUGCCACCACUCUUCUCGAUAGGAUACCAUCAAUGUCGCUGGAAUUACAAUGAUGAGCAAGACGUGGCGGCCGUCAAUAAAGGAUUCGACGAUCACGAUAUGCCAAUGGACGUCAUCUGGCUGGAUAUUGAGCAUACCGACGGGAAAAAGUAUUUCACGUGGGAUAAGCAUAAGUUCCCGACGCCCGCUGAUAUGGUGGCGAAAGUGGCAGAGAAAGGACGGAAAAUGGUGACAAUUGUGGAUCCACAUAUCAAGAAAGACGACGGAUAUUAUGUGUAUAAGGAUGCGAAAGAUAAGGGACUAUUCGUCAAGAGAACCGAUGGAUCCGACUUCGAAGGACACUGCUGGCCGGGAGCCAGUGAGUAUCUCGAUUUCUGGCAUCCGGAUACUCGAUCCUACUGGAAAGAUCAAUUCUCGUUUGAUAGAUACAGUGGAUCAUCGAGUAAUCUUCAUAUUUGGAAUGAUAUGAAUGAGCCGUCGGUGUUCAGUGGUCCUGAAAUCACAAUGGAUAAGGAGUCGAUUCAUUAUGGAGGAAUUGAGCAUAGAGAGGUGCAUAACAUGUAUGGAAUGAUGUAUACAUCGGCGACGUUUGAUGGUCUGAUGGCGAGAACCAACGGGAAAGAACGGCCGUUUAUUUUGAGUCGCGCUGGAUUCAUUGGGACUCAGAGAACGGCGGCGAUAUGGACUGGAGACAACACUGCUGACUGGGGACAUCUGGAAAUCGCGGCGCCAAUGACACUUUCUUUGAGUAUCGCUGGUGUCCCAUUUGUUGGUGCAGAUGUGGGUGGAUUCUUUGGAAAUCCAGACGAGCAGUUGCUCUCCAGAUGGUAUCAAACUGGAGCGUUCCAACCGUUCUUCCGUGCUCAUGCUCAUAUUGACACACGUCGUCGUGAGCCAUGGCUGUUCUCGGAGCAAACGCAGGGAAUCAUUCGGGAGGCGUUGAGAACUCGUUAUGCUCUUCUACCCUACUGGUAUACACUGUUCCAGCAGCACUCGCAGAACGGCGUACCACCGAUGAGACCGUUGUUUUAUGAGUUUGAGAGUGAUGACUCGUUGUUGGAAGAGCAGAAACAGUGGAUGGUGGGAAGUGGGAUUAUGGCGAGACCUGUCGUGGAGAAGGAUACGUUCAAUGUGCAAGUGAAGAUGCCGAGAGGGGAGAAGAAGACGGAGAGAUGGUACGAAUGGAUCUCGGGAGCCGAAGUGCACGGCGAAUCGAUCUACGUCGACGCUCCGAUCACAUUCACACCGGUCUACCAACGCGGUGGUAUCAUCAUUCCGACGUGGCAACGAAUCCGUCGAUCAGCGACACUCAUGAAAGACGAUCCGUUGACACUCUACGUCGCAUUGGAUUCGAAUGGAAACUCGAAAGGAGAGAUCUAUUUGGAUGACGGCACCACUCACGACUAUCAGAGUGGUCAAUUCGUGAAGACGUCAUUCAAUUAUAAGACUGAAUCGAGUCGGGAGGCCGUGCUAGAAGGAGAACAUGUCGAUGGAAAGUACGCUGCCAAGAAUUGGGUCGAGAGAGUCGUCGUUCGUGGUGUUGAGAGCUCACCGAAGAAGGUUGAGAUCACCCGUGUCUCCGAUCCCGUCCAACCGCUGGAAUUCUCGUAUGACCGUGACUCGAAGGUGCUCAUCAUUCGAAAGCCGGAAGCCCUCCUCACGUCGAGCUUCAAAAUUCACAUUGAAUUUUAA